AUGAAGGUCACCACUUUCAACAUCCAGAAAUUUGGGAAAUCAAAACUCUCAGAUCUGUUUGUGCUGAAAACCCUGAUCAAGGUGAGGCCCAUCCACACCUACAAAAAUAUCAUCGUUAUUCUUGAAGUUGUGGAUUCUAGCGGAGAUUCGGUGGAUAAUUUUCCAGAAGAGCUAAAUAAGUUCAACAAGACGCAUUAUUACACCUUGGAGAUCAGCACACGGCUGGGAAGAGGAAAUUACAAGGAACAGUUUAUGUUCCUUUACAGUGUUGGAAGACUUGGUGCUGAUGCCCGUCCACACCAAACCUGA